UAUUUCCACUAACCCAAAGGUGCGCGAAACCCAUGACCUUUCAUUUUCUUCUUUGUAAGGCGCUGGCCGGCGCUUUCUCUAUUUUUUACUUUCUUCUUCCUCGGAUACUCUGAUGAUCAAAAUGCCAUUUCUUUUUCUCUUUUUACAAGAAUCACUGGAUGCCCGAUGUAUCAAGAAAACCAUGGAUUUUCUUCAUUUGGAUGCUUGAAUGUCAUAUUUCUUGCAGGCAAAAUCUAGACUAGUAAAGGGGUCUGCUUGGUUGUUCUGGAUAAAGGGUAUCUUGGGAAUUAAGUGGUAUUAGUAGGAUUAAACUGGAUGUCUGAUAAUUUGAUGGAUGAUGUUGUGAUGGAUCUGGAUUUGAACCAAGAACCUUUGGACCCAUCUUCUGGUUCAGCUUUAGGAUUAGGGUCUUUGUUGAGUGAUUUAGAAUCUGCUCAUAGUAGGAUAGAGGAGAGAAUUAGGCAGCUUGAGGCUGUUACUGCUAGGGCUUUGCAGCGCCAUAGGUGGCGUCAGGCUCGGAGUACUAUUGAUACUGGUAAUGUUUCGGUUGACCCAGUAGUCAAUGUGGAUAGUGAUAUGCAAGGUCAGAAUAGGGUGAGCAAUUCGGAUAUGGUGGAAAGGACGGUUGAGAGGGGAAAAGGAUGCAAAAGGGAUAGUUCCCAUUUGGUAGCAAAGGCAUUAGAGAUGGAUUUAGUGGUUAAUAAGGUAGAUGAUGACAGUGGGAGUUUUUUCGACUGUAAUAUAUGCUUGGAUAUGGCGAAAGAACCUAUCUUGACCUGUUGUGGACACUUAUUUUGCUGGCCAUGCUUUUAUCAGUUACCUUAUGUUGAUUCAACUACAAAGGAAUGUCCUGUCUGCAAGGGAGAGGUUGCAGAUGCAAAUGUUACUCCAAUUUAUGGUAAUGGAGACGGUGAAAGCAUUACAGAACUGGAGUCUGGUCUGAAAAUACCACCACGGCCAAAGGCACGUCGAGUAGAGAGUGUUAGACAGCAGCGUGCAACUCAGGGUUUAUCUCACAUCCCGGUUGCAGAGGCACUAAGAAGAAUUAGGACUAGUAUUGGAUUGGGGCACCACCUGCAGCAACAGGACAGUGGUGGAGUUAAUUUGAGUUUUGGUAGCAACUCUCAUGUGUUGCAAACUGCUGAUACCUUAAGCAGUAGGAGACUACGUUCCCGUCUUUUUUCUAGGGUGCUGUCAGAAGGUGCUGCGUCCCUUUCAUCAGAGUUGGAUAAUGCACAACGGAUGUUUGAAGGCCUUGCAGCAUCAUUCAGUGAUCGGCUUCUCCAAGGAAGCAAUGUUGAUGUUAUACCAGCUGUUCAUGGAGCAACAGGUGAUGGUGAUUCUUUCAGAAGAGAUGCUGCUCUCAUACAGUCCAAUUAUCGAUCUCUGGAUGCAGUUACAAGGACAGGUUCCACUGCAUCUGUCCCGUCAUCUUCUCAAGCAAAUGAAGUUUCUGUUGCUGCUGUUCAGUUGGAAAACCUUACAACUGAUACUGCUGAUCUGCCUGCCAUACGAUCUUCCUUGGCUUCCAGGAGAAGAAACAUUUUGUCAAGGCUUUCUGAUGUAGAUCUCCGUGAAUCUAGAAGAAGAAGAUUGAAUUGAUGGCCUUUGAAUGAAUAAGAAACAACUCCCAAAUAUCAACAAAGUAUCAGCAUUGCCUUUGACUCUUGUUGGAAGUGUAUUUCUACAACACAUUUAGCCUCUUCUAGUUUUGGAAUUCACAAGCACAGUGAAUUUGCUUGGUAGGAGGCUUCCUCAACAAAUAAUCAACUCUUGCUUCAUGUAUUAGGUACUUUUGUUAAGAACCAGUAUGAAGUAUGAAUUCUAUCUGCUUGUUCUCUACACAUUUGAUAAACACUGUUGAUUGUACAAUGGAAAUUCCAAUUUGAUAAAUUGAAACUUUAGUAUUCUACUUUGUUUAGAAGUAGUAA